UCUUCAUUACUGAGGAGGAGUCGUCUCUCCACGCAAGAUCAAUUGUGAUCAGCCUGUCAUUUCUGAAAAUGCAAGCCAGCCCUCGGACUAGACCCGGGCCGAAUCAUCUUGUCACCCCGGGCAAGCGCAGACUCCAAGCAUGCGAGAGAUGCGCCAAACGGAAACAGAAGGUCAGGCGCAGCGCGUUGUUAGGACAUUGUCAGCAAGAGGAUCUAACGAACCCCAGUGUGAUCGACUGCUACCGGCUUGUACCGGCUGUCGAGAGGCGAACGCGGAAUGCGAGUCGCGGCAGUUGUUAAUCAGCCGCACGGCAGAUGAAGCCAGUGGCAUCUCCCACGCUGCCAUGUCCAACUAUGUAGAGAGUUUGAAGAGAAAGGCGCAAGAGCUUCACAGUAAUGGUCGCAGCCAGCGUGCUUGUCUACGUGCCGCAGCACCGGUUCCUGCGCCACCUGGGUCGACUUCAAGGACUCACGAUGUCAGUGCAGAAAGCUCUACUGAAUCUCCGGUGACCAAUCCUACUCCUGCGACCCAGCAGUCGGUGCAAGCAACCAUGGGAGAUAUUGACUUCCUCUCCCGGAACGCCAUGGCCGAGCCACGCAACGAGACGCAUGGAUUCCCUCCGCAGCUGGGCAUGGGAAGCAUGGUUCGAGCGGCGCUCGAGAUUCCAGGAGGAAAUCUAUCCCAGUCUGUAGGCUUGAAUGUAAGGCAAUGCGCUCUACCAGCUGUGGGUGCGGCCAGCAGAAUCACCAAGGAAGUCGCCGAAUUAUGCCUUCGAAACUUGCUCCAAGGGAGCCAGAGCAUUUAUCUACCUCUCGAUGAGCCCACCCUGGAACAGUGUGUGGCAACGACCUUUAGUGGCGAGGUUCAAUGCCAGAGCGGAGGCAGCAACUCCGCGGAAUUCCACCUCCGAAACUUCCGAGCCUGUAUGGCCGUCGCCCUGGGCAUGCUGCUGUCCGGAGAUUACGACUCCAGGGUUUUCGCCAAUGACUUACACAGCCUGGCCAUGGAGCAUCUUCCUGCCGUUCUGCAGAGUAUUGACGGCCUGAAAGUGGUCGAAUGUCUGCUGUUGCUUAUUCACUUCUCCAUCCUGAGCCCCCGGGGAGGCUCCACCUGGCAUUUAGUUGGGCUUGCCAUGAAGAAGUGCAUCGCAUUGAAGCUUCACAAAGAGCCACAGCCGGAGAUAAACCUGAGUGAAGCAGAGGUACUCAAAAGGAAACGGAUAUUUUGGAGUCUCUACGUAGUUGAUCGGGCUGUCAGCGGCGUCAUGGAUCGACCAUUCAGUAUCGAGGAUGAAGACAUCUCUAUUAAGGCAGCCGAGUCAGCGGGAGGUUAUAAGCAACAUCACGUUCUCAUGCACGCUAGACUCAUGUCAAGCAUCCGCACACUAGCCCCCCAGUCUGCUUCCUUCCAUCAUCACAACCUGCGUCACUGGCGAGACGAAGCUCUCCACGAUAAGGGUCCAUCGUCACUAGAUGCAGACCCUACUGCACAGCUCACGUGCCGGGGGUUUGUGCAGAUCUCCAAAGUUGCAGGAACAGCGCCACCUCCUCGUAGGACUAGAGUUCGAAGUGACCAGGGAUUUGAGGAGGAUGUCGCGAAUAGCUGCCGGCAGUAUAUCGACCAAGAGUUCAAUAGCUUCCAACAAGGUUGCUUCACAGGGUCGUUCUUGGAUGGGUACGAUCUGUUCGCCGCAGGGGGGGUCCUCGUCUGUCAGCCAAAUUCUUCUUUGGGUGGAGAUACAAGCUACAUUGGCAAAUGCACUGCUUUGCUAACGUUGAUCGGGGAGAGAUUUACGUGCUUCAGAACGAUGUGCAGGCUGCUGUGGGACCUAUCUGGUGUAGCCCUACAUGGAGGAAACAAAUUGACAAUUGAAGAGCUCCCGGAAGACUUGCCAGACGGACUGUACCAUCUGGUCGACCGGUUCCUGCAGAGAAUGAAGCAAAGCACCCAAGAACUGAUCUCGGAAAUUCCCCGACGGGAGAUUUCCGACUCGCAAUUUGCUCGUUCAGCCGGAUGAUGUAUACAUAUACCCCAGCAAUAAACGGCGAUAGUUCCUGCACUAACAUAUCCUCUGACUAUCC